AUGUCGGACGACGCUACCGCAGCCCCGUGGUCGUCCCCGGUCAAGGGCGGCAGCGCGGGCCCACUCGCAGCCCGAGCGGUGCGUCUCGCGGCGCAGGGCCGCGCGGGCGCGGCCGCCCACGAGGAGGCGGCGGCUCUCCUCGAGGACGGAGGCCGCCCCAGCGUGUCCGCGGGGGCCUGCUCCGGCGGGAGGAAGACCGGGCUGCUGCUGCUGCUCGUCAGCGUCGCCGUGCUCCUGAUCCUGGACGGCACCCGCACGUCGAUCCGCGAGUCGGCCAGGCGGCCCAAGCGGACAGUUGAGCUGGAGGGCGAGGAGUCCUGCCACACGGCGCGGGAGGGCGAGGAGUGCCACACCCUGGUGUCCUGGGUGAUGAAGGUCGCCAGGCGCCAGGGCAAUGCCGACUGGGGGGGGCUCGGCGUCACGCCGUCCUCGACUCGGGAGGAGGUCCAGCAGGCCCUGCACCUGUCGGAGGAGGAGGAGCGCGUGUGUCCCCGGCCGUGCGGAGGCGGCAACAUCGUGAAUACGAUCCCAGACAUGGCCAGGCCCGCGAGCAAGACCAUGGCCACCACCACGACCGCCGAUGCGAAGUACAUGCAGGACAGGGCCAGGGCGAUGGCCCUCAUCCAAGCGGCGCCCACGCAAGAUCCGCACGCGGCGGCCGCCGAGGCCGACCUCAGACGCGACGAGGUGGCGUACAAGGCCGCGGAGAACAAGGCGACCGCAGCCCACGCCUUGGCUGGUCCAGGCGGCCGCAUGCACACGCCCGCCGCCGUUUCGGCAAGCGGGUGCGGCGUGAUUCAGGAAAUGGUGUACUUGCCGGGCAACGACCUGCACACAAUCCCCAACGUCUCGAGGCCGGAGGACUGCUGCAAGGUGUGCGCCCAGGCCGCGGAAUGUGUUGCGUGGACGUGGGGCAGACGGCUGAGCGAGUCUUCGUCGGUGCUGCCUCACGGCGCGCACAUGUGCUACCUCAAGGGUUCCAAGCCGCGGCUGACGCUCUCAAGGGUCUUCGACCCCGACUUCACGUCGGGCUGGACGACGCCAGCCGUGAAGCCGAGCUCCAUCAGCACCCAGUGGCCUAUGGACGGGGCCUCGCUCCUGUGCGCCUCCCCGCUCGCCUCGCUCGCCUCGCCAGGGCUCGGCGAGGAGGCUGGCAGGAGCCUGCUGGCGCUCCAGUACGGCCUGCAGGCCAGCCUCUUCGCCUGCGACGAGUACAUGGUGUUCGCGGCCGACGACGAGAGGCCCGUGGCCCCUGGCGUCUGGCCCGUGCGGCUGGCCGAGCCAGAGGGGCAGACGGGCGGCCGCAGCCUGGCGCGCUCUGGCGCCAAGGACGCGGAUGCCCGCAUGGUCGUGCUCGAAGCCAAGCUGCUGUUGUGGCGGCUGCUCAUCCAGAGCAGUCGGUACCGCUUCCACGACUGGACGGUGAUCGUGGAUCCGCAGACCGUCUUCAUCUCGGGCCGGGCCAGCAUCCGCCACAUCGACGAGCCGCCGACGGGGACGUCGGUGUCCGCCUGCGAGGACCACCCGAGCCGUGCGCUCGAGGUGCUCUCGCGGAGGGCGGUGGACGCCUGGUCCGUGGGCUGGGAGCGCUGCCUGGACUCCUUCGCCCUCCACGAGCCCACGAACCAGUCCCGAGAGGAAGUGCCAUCCGACUGGUGCCUCGGAGUUCUGCAAGCCCGGUGCGACACGGACACGCGCCCGCUGAGCUCACCGGAGUGCGCGCAGACGUGGCAAGCGAACGGCUGCUCCAACGUGUCGUUCGCUGCUUACCAUCCGUUCGGCACGGAGGAGUCUUACAAGCGGUGUCUUCAGCAGUCGACAUCCUCGGUGCGGUGA